AUUCAUCUUGCGCUGCAUUUCCAUCAAGAGCACUGCCUCACCCCGAGUCAACCGUGUCUCGCCCUUGCCUUUCCUUUCUCUCUACCUUUGCAUUGUUUGGUCUUAGACACUCGGAGCUGGUCUCUACUAUUAAUCCCUAUUCCAUAAUCUCCUCCUACCUACUCUCUCCGUCUCCACAGCUCUGGUAGCUCUCAUCCAUCCAACAUGUACAGCCGUCAAACAACCCCCCCGAAUGCUUCAUUCAACUACAUCCCCGGCAGUGUCGGCUCAGACAUCACAUACUACUCGCAAGCCUCAUCACCAGAACCCCAACUGGCUGUCCCUACUCCCCCAAGGUCACCAGUAAGGCAGUAUGGUCCUGUUCUUCUCCCCAAGGUCCGCAUCCAGGACCAGGUAUCCGAGCCUACCACUGGUCCCGUCAGACAUCGCAGGACGACGUCUAACUCCAGUGCCGGCUAUGCCUACAGCCCCUACUCACGUUCAUCCUCCAUGGCCCGCCGUGGAUCAAGCCCUUUGAACCACAACAUCCACAACAUGCACAGCACACUCACAUCCCCCGUGUCAACCGCCUCAUCAUACGACUUCAACCUCUCCACUAUCAACUCUCCCAUCACCUACCCACAGCAGCCUGAGCUUCCUCGGCGGUCAUCGUACAUGAGCUCGAACUCUCGCUCUGCCUCUGCCAACCGCGCCCGUCACGACCGCUCUGCCUCUGCUGGAAGUGUCGACGAGCAAGUCAUUAGCCGCUAUGGCUUCCCAACUUACCGCAACAUGCCUAGCUAUGUCACUGCCUCGACUGCACCCCAGUCCAACUUGGGUGUUGCCACAGCUUUCCCCUCGGCAUACUCCUCCGCCCAGGACAUGUCCAACUUCACUGCGUCUUGCAUUCAGGAGUUUUCCGUCCCAGAGUUCGAUACCGCACCAGCUGUUCAAUACCCAGCUUUUGGUGACUUUGCCUUUGAUGGCUUCCAGCAAAUCCAAGCCACAUCCUCUUUGGUAGAGUACCUCUCUUCUCCCAACCCAUCUCCAUCUCUGGUCCGCCGCGUCACUAGCGCACCCCGGGGCAUCAACAACCACUUUUGGUGGGACAUCCGCAACCUUCGCAGCUGGGAAGACUUCAACAUCACCACCAUCAAGUCCAUCCCUUCGGUGCUUCCCCUCCUUGAGGUCCCCGUCCCAGCCACCUACCUUCCCCAGCCCUGCCGCCAGAACCUGCAGCCCGAGAAUGAGUCGGCUCUCCAAGACAUCUGCACCAACUACUACGCCAACAAGGUCAAUGCAGCUCUCAAGGUCGCUCAAGGAAACAGCCACAUGGUGAUGCGCGCUAUCAAGCCAGUCGCCGGCCAACGUCAACAACCAGAGUUCGUCUCCAACUACCUCUCCGACUAUGAGAAGACGCUCUUUGGUGACAGCCGCGGCCGCGUUGUUGGUCUCGUCAAGUGCUACGACCAAUGGAACACUGGCAUGCGCAGCGAGUCACCCCCCAAGCAAGUCCUCUACCUCCAAGGCCUCGCCCAUCUCCAGCGCGUGAUGCGCGAGCACGGCUGCCGCUACGGCUUCAUCAUGACUGAAAUCGAGCUCCUCUGCGUCCGCUGCGGUGGUCCCUCUGACAUGUCCACUCCCGACCCCACCACCGUCAAUGCCCAAACCGGCGUGCCCAUCUUCGGCUACCUCGAGACCUCAGCCCCCAUCAGCCUGUCCACCAACGGCUUGCACCCAGAAACCGGUGACAUGCAGCUUACCGCUGCGCUCGCCCUCUGGUACCUCCAUAUGCUCGCCAAGGAGAACCCCUUUGAGGGCAUGGGAACCUGGCGCAUGGACGUCGGCGGCCCUGCUGCUCUUACCCGCCAAAACUUCCUCGAAAAGGACUCUUGGAUCCCCAAGCCCCAACUUGGCGAGAAGCGAGAGGCUAAGCGCAUCAGAGGAUGGGUGUUCCCCGAUGAGCCGCUUAGCAAGAGGGAGUGCGGCAAGGGUAAGAGGGGCAAGAGCAUUGGAUAGAUGCGGGGUUUAUGAGCUACUAAUGAGAAUAUGAGGAUAUGACUGGGACAUGAUGCCAUGUGGAAAUGAGCAUGACGUCAAAAAAUACAUAUAUAUAUUAGUUUGAUACCGCUGGUCGGUAUCGUAUUUCGCCUUUUACUUGUCUACUCUUUUUUCACGACAAGAAGCAUUGAGCGGCGUUUUUUUCUUCGUUUCUUCGUUUCUAACUCAGAUAUUUUCGUUUGAGUGGCAUUUUAUAGGGUUACAGCAUAGCAUUUACAGGGCGCGUGGGAUAUCCGGAUUUCCUUUUUUUCGUUAUAUAUUACAGACUAGUUUAUAAGUAAAAUUCAUUAUUACUAUUACUAUUGCUUCAGGGUUG